UUUUCUCAACCUCCCUCUCUGUGUCCACAAUAUUCCUAGCCCCCACAAUUCCUUGGGUGUGACUUCCGAUCCUUCAUUUCGUUAAACUAGCGCCUGCUAGAAUUCUCGGUAUGCUUCAGUUUUGUUCCAUUUUCUCAGAGCUUUUUGAAAAUAAAUGAUCUUGGAACACCACUUGUCAUACCUUUUUAAACGGAAUACUGUUGUUAGACCUCUGCCUUCUACUAUCGAGUGAUGGGAGGACGACCUGAAGAGGUGGCCCCGGAUAACGUACAGUAGAAUAUUUAGCUACUUCAUUUAUUCAGUUGCUAUCGACGGCAAAGUGAUGAACAAUCUGAAAAGCUCCGAGGCUUAUCAGUAUCAGUAUCAGUAUCCGAGGCUUCAUAGUAAUGAAGUCGGGUGCGUUUUAUUGAAGGAGGUGGGACACAGCCAUGUCUGUCUAAAAGCAAACAAGGAGCCAAGUCAGAGCCUCAAAGUCCCUCAUCACCGGGCAGGGAUUUUAGUUUCAACAUCGGGUGAAAUACAGACAGAAGGGUGCGCGACUAUUGCAGGACCAGGGUGGUCUUGCAGCCACGCAGCUGCAAAACUGUGGAGGGUAAAAAUGGUUUCUCUUCUGAUAACUUGUUUAUUUCUGUUUACAGUGCUUGCACUCUGAAUGUAGAAGCAGUAAUGUAGGUUGAGAAUGCAGUCGUACGGGGAAAGACAUCAUGUACUGAUGUGCAGAGGAAGUAGAAUUCAGGCACAAGGAAGAAUGUAGAGCUGAAAAAGGUGAAGCACGUAAAUGUCAAACAUCGUAAGCCAGAUCGCAUUUAUCCCAGCUCAUCAAAGUCAACACCAGACCGCAGAAGCCCCCCAAAACUUUUCAGGGAUCACUCAGAUUUUAAAAGUUAUGUCAGCUUCAAUGGCCCCACUAUUUCAGCUGUCGCAGGUCUCUUUCAGAGAGCAGUGAGUCCUCUUAGAGCAAGUGUAAUCUAACAGGUAGCCCAUACACAACACGGUACAACGCUAACCUGUAAGAAGUGUCUUACUGUUUCAGGGCUUUCCACAAGGAUAUGGAGUAGCCAGCCAAUGGCAAAAAGUAGCCAGUUAGGGGGGUCACAGGGCAUGCCCCCCUGGAGAAAAUGUUUGACCGUAAAAAGCCCAAAUUUGGUGGCCUCUGGCACAUUCUAAUGCCACUAUUCCAUCAUAUACACUGAUCUUAAUUAUUGCAUAUUUUAAUGAGUUUGCCUUGCCUGUCAGAGUCUGUUGAUUUCCACUACACCCUUUCCUCUCCCUUUUCUUCUCUAUUGAUAUACUCCACACAUAUGGGCAAUGCGCAGGUAUGAUUUAAGAAUGAGCGUUCACUUUGUUACACACAAAGCAGGAGAAAAUUACUCAAUGACAGGAUAACAACAUGUAAACCAUGGAUAAAAUGUACGAUGUGGAAAAACAUAUAUAAUUGAUCAUAUAUAUUACUGCAGGAACUUCCAUUACAUCAUAUUUUAUGUUAACCUGAUUUGGGGCAUCUGACAUUAGUCUGCAUAGUUGGUCAAUGGCAAAAAAUACAAAAGCGUUCUAGAUAUUUUUAACUGUAAAAUUACAGCGUGAGGCUGAGGCAUAACCUACAUUUUCCUCAUAUGACAUAGGCCUGUUACUUUGACAACAAUGCUUGUUUUAGUGUGUGUUUGCAAUGCGUCUUGGAGAUGGCUCUGCUGUAAAAAGCGCAAUGUAAAUAAAGAUAAUUAAUUAAUUCGUUCAUUCGUUCAUUCAGUAAGCCCAUAAACGUCUGUGUGGUGUAUAUGGAAAAUGCAGUGCUCUGUCAAUGCUUACUGCGCAAUCUUCAAGUUGCUGCCACCGGCCUUUUCUGAAGUAGCCCUCAUAAUGAGGAUGUUCCCUGUCUGUGCAAUCCAUACAAUUUUUAAUGUGUUUUGUCAUCAAAUAUUUUACUAAUAUUUGUCAAACACUGAAGACGACUCUCCACUCUCUGCUCGGCUGGACACAACCUCUCAGCUAGAGCAUGUGAGGGCAGGACUGAUACGGACUGACGGACUGGCAUGCUUCUCUAUCAUCAUGCUCGCAUUGUUUUGAAGCGGAGGCUAGUGGUCGUAAAAUGUCUUGUUAAUGAAAACUAUUUUAUUAGAAUCAAAAAUUAAUAUAAUAAUAUUAAUAUAUAAUAAAGUUAUGGAAAGCUCUGCUCUUUAUGAGACCUAAGUUAAACUAAGCCCUGUCCAGGUGGAGAGGUUGACUCAGACCGGGAGACAAAGUGCAUCACAUCUGUGGCAUGAUGCACUGAAGCUGCGACACAGCCCAAACUGGGCAAUACUAACCCACAAAACAAUUUCUAAAUGAACACUUGCACCUCACCUUCACUGGUAACACUGCAACUAAAUAUGGAAAAGAAAAUGAGGACAAAGCCAUAGAACUCCUGAAGGCUCAAGGGCAUACUGUGGAGAGGAAAGGCUGGGUGGUGUGACCUGGCCAUCCCUGGUUUGGAGCCAGCCCAGAUGGAAUUUUGGACUCAACACGGCUCCUUGAGAUUAAGUGUCCCCUCAAGACUGCCGUGUCACUUGAAGAGUUUCUUAGGCGGCCAAAUGGUGAUAUCAGACGCUCGAGUGAUGGGCAGUAUGUCAAAUUUUCCAGCGGGCAGAGUGGGUACUACCUCCAGAUCCAGCUGCCAAUUAUGUGCCUGGGGCUGCAGAGCUGCAUGCUGGUCACCUGGACAUCAACUGAGCACCUGGAAUUGGACGUUUAAUUUACAUUUCUACAGGUUUUGGUUGGUUUGGGCAAUCAUCUUCAUUAUGAGCUGCUGCUGUGUGUGUCACCAUCGCCGCACCAAACACAGGCUGCAGCAGCAACAACGGCAGCACGAGAUCAACCUCAUCGCAUACCGAGAAGCACACAACUACCCCUCUGUGCCCUUCUACUUCAGGUUUCUGCCAAACUACCUCCUGCCUGACUAUGAAGAGGUGGUCAACCGGCCACCGACUCCUCCCCCUCCCUACAGUGCCUUACACACAGGCCCAUCCUCUGUGGCUUCUAGUCCACUGGCUCCUGAGCAGCAAGAGGGACACUGUCCAACCAUCCAGCCCACUCCAGUCCCCCCAGUCUCUGACAUAGGGGACAUAGGGAGCAUAGAGGAACCACAACCCCCCACCUUAGACUUUAGGCCAAAGCCUGACAACAAGCCCAUGCAGACAGCACAAGAUUCAGGCAUGAUACUGCUGUCAGAUGGGCUCAAUAGGGAGGGACUUACCAGCCAGGAGAAAAGAAGUGGAAAUGGGGACGACUCCUGCAAGGACCCCCUGCUGAAGGACCUGUCAGAGGGUUGCGCUGAGGACAAAGAUCGACUCCCCAAUGGAAGGAGGAGGCGAUUCACUGGGGACUCUGGGAUUGAGGUGUGUGUGUGCGGCACACGUGGGAGCAGUGGUUUAAGUGGAGCCGGAGGGACAGGCCAGGAAGGCAAGGAGUUGAGGGAGCUAGAGAGCCUGCUGGGGUGCGAGGGACAUGACGAGGAGGAAGAGGAGGAGGCUGGCGACUUCUGCGACAGCUGCGGUCAUCGAGCCUCCUUCAGUGUGGAGGAGGAGCAGAUGCUGGGCGGGCUGGAGAGGCGGGUAGCACGUGGGCCGUCGGGACCUCCUCAGCCGGCUCACCAGAUAGGCAGUGCUUCCCUCCACCCUCCAGUGUGCCUCCUCCUCCACACCAUCAACGAGCAGGAGGGACCGCACCACAGCACCAGCACUGAACCGCAGGGCUGAAACACAGCUAACACACCUUUGUGUCAUAGAGGAAAGGAGAGGGCACUUGAGACAGAGCAUACAGGCACACGCUUUUGUAUCGGAGCAAGUGUUUUAUGUCUAAAUGCGUUCUAAGUGAGUAUUUUUAUGAAUGUGUGCUUCUUAGAUAAAACAGGUGUAGGAGCAGGAAGUGGAAUCUCAACUAAAAAUGAUUGAGAUGCAGAGGUUGAGAAAGCCUGCUCCUCCCCACACUGGAACAGUGGCCUUAACCUGUGUAUUUGGGGUUAUAUUUGGGCAGCACAAACCCAUUAACAGCCUUUGGCAAUUGAGACUUCUCACACUGCACACACACACACACAGUCCUUCAGUAGUCCUCCUCAUGCAACGGAAGCUACUGAUACACAGUCAAAGACUCGAUAGCUGAAGCUGUGACGUCAGGACAAUCACUGCCCAGGAUGAAUGCAGCUCUCCUCACCAGGUGCUUGCAACAAUUCUGCAAAUCUGUUCUCUGCAGGCAGGAAACUACGUAAAAAAAACAAAACUAAACUAAAACAUUUUGGAUGAGUGCUAUGUGUGCUUAUGCAAAGUGAUACAGUACAGGGACACUAGAACCGUGUAGGACGUCCCGUUAGACUUGUGCUUCUAAAGUGCUUUUUCAGCGAUUAGCGAUCUGCCUUGUGUUGUUGUUGCUCUCUAUCUGCCCCACUAGUGAUAGAGAAGAAAAAGUUCAUUAACAGAUCUUCAUAUGGGCAGUUCCUAAUUUGCACAAAAUAUAUUUAUCUUUUAUAAAUUAAGCUUUUAGCUAAAAAAAAAUCAAAACAGAAAACGCUUACUUUCAUUAAUUCAGUCUUAAGUUGCCGUACAUGAUUAGUCUCUUAGGGUUUUAUUGCAACAUUUGUAAGAAAUGGACCUCUGUGUAUUGUUAGUAGGGAAUGCAACAGAUUCACUUUGUACACAAUCAUUUUUUUAAAUUAAUUUUAUGAAUUUUUGUAGUAUGUGCCUACCCACAAACAAAUGCAGAAUUUUGAUGAACAAUGGUAAGCUUUAGUGAAACUGAGAGACCACAAGAAAGCAGGUACCAAAACCAAGAAAAGAAUAUUAAGCUUCUUAAAGAUUACAACUGAGAUGGGCAACGUCAGACCUCAAACUUUUAUGUCUAUAGAUUACCACCUUCACCAGCUAAACAGUAUAAAAACAAACAUUUAUACUCUUUUGUAUUGGGUUUUCAUAUUAGCACAUUUUACCCUGCUUUUGCUGUGGUAUUCAUUAAUUACACAUUCAUAACAGCUUCCUGAACGGUCCAUUAAGGCUGAUUUCUGUCAACUGGACUAGUGUGAUUUUCACCAAAAUAUGGCUUGUUAACUGAUUUUUAAUCUGAUAGAGGAAAUGCUCCUUUUUUAGGGAAAAACAUUUUUUAGUGUAUGUGUAUUAGGUUUUCAUCAUUUAAGGGAUAUUCAUACAUUACUCAACUUUAUAUGAAGGUGAUUAAUCCCAUAAUGGCCAUGGUUGAGGAACAAAUGGCCAGAGUUUGCACACAAAUAAUUUGUAAUAGAAGUGUUUAACCCAACAAGGCACUUUUUAGAACAAAACAUCAUGAACAGUUGCAGCCUGUUGAGUGGAAAAAUCCCUCUUUGGGAAUGACAGGAGAUAACAAUUAAUUUAGAUAAAAAAAGAAACCAAAACAGAUGACAGAGAAACAGAUAAAGUAAUAAAAUAACAAUUUGUUGUCCUUGGUUAUUCUUAAUAUCUAUUAUAAACAAGAGUUUGCACAACAUUAUAUUUCUAAGAGGCAUGUGGUACAGUACAAGUUAAAAGAGCAAUGUGUAUAAUGCUGCACUGCGGAUAGUGUGCAGCAUUAUACAGAAGUGCUUUACAGUAUAUGUUCAUGAUUUUUGUGAGCUAGAAAGUAAUAUUGUAUAAUUGUGGUACAUGUAGUACCAAGAUGAGCUAUUUUUCAUAUCGGCUGAAUCCUUAAAACAAUUAAUGGAUCUGUAUAAAAUUUCAGAACCACUUUAUAUUUGCAAAUUGUGUAUAAUAUUCUGUAACAUGUUUGUGAACCAAAUAGUUGCUUUUAUAAUUUUGACAAAAUCAUUAGCUUUAUAGUUAUGGACAGAUUUUUCUCUCAUUAUGGGUAUUAUUUUUUUCUGUUAAGGAAAGAUUUAACUUCUUUUGAGACUUAUCCUGAAGGUGUGCGAAGGGUACAUUUGACAAUUUUAGUAGAUAACUAGUAGUAUUAGUAGGCAGACAAUACAGUAGAUGAUUUGUUAACAAGAUCAGGGGCAUCUUGCCAAAGACACGUUUUCUUUCUUCACCAGUGUGUGUGUAAGGUGGUUUUGCACAUAUUCUCUGAAUGUUCUGAUCAUAAGCCAUUUAUUACAACAACCAAGAUGGAUGUAUGUUCAAUAAACAUACCCUUUUAAAUUCAA